GUGUAGGGCGUGGCCCUUGGGGGGGCGGGGAUGAGGUGGCGGGGGCUCCUUGCGUCUCUUCCCCCAGCCCGGCUCCAACAGAUCCCCGGGCGCCCUGCUGCUUUCUACCUCCUUGGCUUGUGACUGUGAGUCCUACCAGGCCUGCCCUCUGCACGUCGCUCCGGGACCCCCGUGGCCCCCGCGGCCUCUGUCCGCCAGGCUGGGCCACAGAUCCCCCACUCGCCUCUCAUCACCGCAGCCCCUGAGCCUCCACCUCUUCUAAGGACAAGAUGCCGUCAGGCUUCCAACAGAUCGGCUCCGAAGAUGGAGAACCCCCUCAGCAGGGAGUAACUGGGACCUUGGCCCUUGCUGUGUUCACUGCCGUGCUUGGCUCCUUGCAGUUUGGCUACAACAUUGGGGUCAUCAAUGCCCCGCAGAAGGUAAUUGAACAGAGCUACAAUGAGACGUGGCUGGGGAGGCAGGGGCCUGAGGGACCCAACUCCAUCCCACCGGGCACCCUCACCACCCUCUGGGCUCUCUCCGUGGCCAUCUUUUCUGUGGGCGGCAUGAUUUCCUCCUUCCUGAUUGGCAUCAUCUCUCAGUGGCUUGGAAGGAAAAGGGCCAUGCUGGUCAACAAUGUCCUGGCGGUGCUGGGGGGCACCCUCAUGGGCCUGGCCAACGCCGCUGCCUCCUAUGAGAUGCUCAUUCUGGGACGGUUCAUCAUUGGCGCUUACUCAGGGCUGACAUCGGGGCUAGUGCCCAUGUACGUGGGGGAGAUUGCCCCCACUCACCUGCGGGGCGCCUUGGGGACGCUCAACCAACUGGCCAUCGUCACUGGCAUUCUGAUCGCCCAGGUGUUGGGCUUGGAUUCCCUGCUGGGCACUGCUGCCCUAUGGCCAUUGCUCCUGGGCCUCACAGUGCUACCUGCCCUCCUGCAGCUGGCCCUGCUGCCCUUCUGCCCCGAGAGCCCCCGCUACCUCUACAUCAUCAGGAACCUGGAGGGGCCUGCCAGAAAGAGUCUGAAGCGCCUCACAGGCUGGGCCGAUGUGUCUGGAGCUCUCGCUGAGCUGAAGGAUGAGAAGCGGAAGCUGGAGCGUGAGCGGCCACUGUCCCUACCCCAGCUCCUGGGCAGCCAUACCCACCGGCAACCCCUGAUCAUUGCAGUUGUGCUGCAACUGAGCCAGCAGCUCUCUGGCAUCAAUGCUGUUUUCUAUUAUUCGACCAGCAUCUUUGAGACAGCAGGGGUAGGCCAGCCAGCCUAUGCCACCAUAGGAGCUGGUGUGGUCAACACAGUCUUCACCUUGGUCUCGGUGUUCUUGGUGGAGCGGGCUGGGCGCCGGACGCUCCAUCUCCUGGGCCUGGCGGGCAUGUGUGGCUGUGCCAUCUUGAUGACUGUCGCUCUGCUCCUGCUGGAGCGGGUUCCAGCCAUGAGCUAUGUCUCCAUCGUGGCCAUCUUUGGCUUUGUGGCAUUCUUUGAAAUCGGGCCUGGCCCCAUCCCCUGGUUCAUCGUGGCCGAGCUCUUCAGCCAGGGACCCCGCCCAGCAGCCAUGGCUGUGGCUGGUUUCUCCAACUGGACAUGCAACUUCAUCAUUGGCAUGGGUUUCCAGUAUGUUGCGGAUGCCAUGGGUCCCUACGUCUUCCUCCUGUUUGCGGGCCUCCUCCUCAGCUUCUUCAUCUUCACCUUCCUAAGAGUACCUGAAACCCGCGGCCGGACAUUUGACCAGAUCUCAGCCACCUUCCGCCGGACACCCUCUCUUUUAGAGCAGGAAGUGAAACCCAGCACAGAACUUGAGUACUUAGGGCCAGAUGAGAAUGACUGAGGGGGCAAGGCAGGGGUGGGAAAGCCAGCUUUCUCUACCCCCCCAGAGAGACCCCCUCCUUUCCUCUGCAGCACUUUAACCCUCUCUUCCCCAUCACUGCCAGGGUGGAGAAAACCUCUGCAACCUGGUAAAAUUGGGAAGCGGGAGGGAAGGGUGGUCUGAGCACCCCCUCGCUCCCAUUGUGUGACUCUUGGAUAUUUAUGUGUUGUGGUUACGCUGUGGCCAUCAGGGUGGGCCACUGUCCCCUUCCCACGUAGUCCAGCCCUUUCCUCCCCACCCCUCCCCAGACUCCGCUCCAGAAUAAGUUCUUUCCCUGCUAGAGAAGAGGGAUUGGAGGGAGAAGAGGCCAGACUGACUUUUUCAGUGGGACAAACUGAAGCAGAGAGCAGGAUGUGACUUUCCCACCACCUUGCACUCCUCCCAUGACCUGGGACUUCACUGAAUUCUUGCCACAUGGACUCUGGGCGAAUGGGAUUCUGUCUUGUCCCCUCCUGUGCAAAGGACUCGACCUCUGUCACUGCAGGCUCAGCCUUCCAGGGCGAGAGGAAACAGGAAAAGUAUGUGCCCAUGUAUGGUAAGAGGAAGGGACGGCAAACUCCCACCUCUAAAUUUAGGGCUAGGGGCCCUACCCCGAUUGUCCCCCAAGGCUGCCAAGCAAGGACUCUAGCUCUUUCUUCCUCUCCCUGCCUGGGAGGGUGCUAUCCCCACAGGCUUUUGACCAACUAAGGGAAAGAGGGGAAUUGAAAGGCUGCCUGUAAACACUGGCCUGGGAGGAGCCUUCAGAUAUUUUUGUAUACGUGAAAAAGAGGUAGAAAAAAGAAACCAAAGGUCUGUUGUACUAAAUGUGUACAUAUAGAUACAUCUAUAAAGUCACUGUUUGAAGGUGAGCGUCCUGUCAUGGAGGCUACUCAAGGAUGGGCUGAAACAGGGACCAUAACUCCCCCUCCUCCCUCUUCCUCAGUUCAAGGACUCAGAAUCCUCUGGAUGCA